AGGAGCUGUGAAUUUUAUGGAGAGAGAUGAGAUGAUGAGACAAGUACAGCCAGGCACCUCCCGCCCAUAGCAUAUGCUUUUACUGCACCACCACCACCACCACCAACUUCCCAACUCAUCUCUCAACCGACCCAUUCCUCUGUCUCUCUCUCCCUCUCCCUCUCGCUGUCUCUCUCUCCCUCCUGUUUUUGUUUCUAGCUUCACGUUAUUACAAGCUUUCAACCUUUUUCUUCUACUUGAACUACUGCAUCCCUCACCACCUGAGCUCUUUCUCUCAACUUCUCAAAACCCAUGUGUGGUUUUGGGCUUGGAAGCUCGAAAACCAUAUUUCCAGAGCUUCUUUUGGUCUUUCAAAUGGUGGGUUUCUCUCUAAAUAUGUAGAAAUUCAAGGUUUCUGACCAAGGUUCUACCUUCUGCCCAGAAACAUGCUUACUGCCUUGAAAAUUAUCAACUUUUUUCCCAGCUUCUGCUUAAUCUGAAUCCAUUAUCCACCAGCGUUUAAAUGCACAGAGAUUGAUGAUUUCGAAAUGUAGGUGUCCGAAAAACAACAAUUUAAUCAUUCUGGGUCGUCUCCAAAUCCAAGUUUUUCUGCAAAUUUGGAGGCUUUCUGCUAGUUGAGGAGUGAAAAUACCAAAGGGGUUCUGAGUUUUUCUGGUUUUUUUUUUUUUUAUGAGUUUUGGCGCCGACCCAUGAAGAAUUUCCACUGGUUUAAGCAGAUUUCCAACAAUGGCAAGCUGGAGAGGAGGCUCUCCCUCGGCGAGUAUAACCGUGCAGUCUCAUGGUCCAAGUACUUGGUGUCCUCAGGGGCUGAGAUUAAAGGGGAAGGAGAGGAGUGGAGUGCUGACAUGUCACAGUUGUACAUUGGGUGUAAAUUUGCUUCGGGAAGGCAUAGCAGGAUUUACAGAGGGGUUUAUAAGCAGAGGGAUGUGGCGAUUAAGCUGAUCAGCCAGCCUGAGGAAGAUGAAGGGUUGGCUGUUUUGCUUGAGAAGCAGUUCACUUCUGAGGUUGCUUUGCUCUUUCGUUUGCACCAUCCUAAUAUCAUCACUUUUGUUGCUGCUUGUAAGAAACCUCCAGUGUUCUGCAUUAUCACUGAGUAUUUAGCUGGGGGAUCAUUAAGAAAAUAUCUUCAUCAGCAGGAUCCACAUUCUGUUCCGCUUAGCCUAGUUGUGAAAUUAGCCCUCGACAUUGCUCGUGGGAUGCAAUAUCUCCAUUCUCAAAGUAUACUUCAUAGGGAUCUCAAGUCAGAAAAUUUAUUGCUAGGGGAAGAUAUGUCUGUGAAAGUUGCGGAUUUUGGAAUUUCAUGCCUAGAGUCACAGUGUGGCAGUGCAAAGGGAUUCACGGGCACUUACCGUUGGAUGGCACCCGAAAUGAUCAAAGAGAAACACCAUACAAAGAAAGUUGAUGUUUACAGUUUUGGAAUAGUUCUGUGGGAGCUUUUAACGGCAUUGACACCAUUUGACAACAUGACUCCUGAACAGGCUGCAUUUGCAGUAUCGCAGAAGAAUGCAAGACCCCCAUUGCCGUCCACAUGCCCUGCGCCAUUCAGUCGUCUCAUCAGCCGAUGUUGGUCAAGCCAUCCGGACAAGCGGCCUCAUUUCAACGAGAUAGUGCACAUUUUGGAAGGUUAUGCUGAGUCCCUUGAGCAGGACCCGGAUUUCUUCUCUUCUUACGAGCCACCGGAAAAUCACGCCCUAUCGCGAUGCUUUCCGAAAUGGACGGGUCGCCGGUAGAUCUGCUUCUGGAAAGAUUUAGGGAUUCUUUUUUUCUGGAAUCAAAGUUUUGAUGUUAAAAUGUAAACAUAUGCUUUUCUUGUCAAGGUUCCCCAUGUUCAUAUGAAUUAUGAUUUGUGAACAUUUUUGUUUCCUUUCUGUCUUGUUAACCUUUUUAUCCUUUUAUCCUUUUAUCUUGAAUAUAAUGGGAUUAAUAGCACUCA